AAAAAAAAGUAACACGCGACCUCAGGUCCGCAGCUAUAAAAGCCCUCCGCCUCCGCGGGCGGCUGCGGCUCCCGAUUCCACUUCGAAUUCUAGGGUUUUGCUGCUCACCUUGCCGUCGACGCCGCAUCAGGUGCGGCUCCUCGCGUGAGAGAGACUAGGAUGGCGCUGCCGAAUCAGGGCACCGUGGAUUACCCCAGCUUCAAACUCGUCAUCGUCGGGGAUGGCGGCACGGGUAAAACCACAUUUGUGAAGAGGCAUCUCACCGGAGAGUUUGAGAAGAAAUAUGAACCAACCAUUGGUGUUGAAGUUCAUCCAUUGGAUUUCACCACGAACUGUGGUAAGAUCCGUUUCUAUUGCUGGGACACUGCUGGGCAAGAGAAGUUUGGUGGCCUUCGGGAUGGAUACUAUAUCCAUGGCCAGUGUGCGAUUAUUAUGUUUGAUGUGACUUCAAGACUGACAUACAAGAAUGUUCCCACAUGGCAUAGGGACCUGUGCAGGGUGUGUGAAAACAUCCCCAUCGUCCUCUGUGGUAACAAGGUUGAUGUGAAGAACAGGCAGGUCAAAGCCAAACAGGUCACUUUCCACAGGAAGAAGAACCUGCAGUACUAUGAGAUUUCUGCCAAGAGCAACUACAACUUUGAGAAGCCUUUCCUUUAUCUUGCAAGGAAACUGGCUGGUGAUCCGAACAUUCAUUUUGUUGAAGCGGUUGCUCUUAAGCCUCCCGAAGUUACUAUUGACAUGGCUAUGCAGCAACAGCAUGAAGCUGAGCUUGCUGCAGCGGCAGCACAACCUCUUCCUGAUGACGAUGACGAUCUGAUUGAGUAGAGAGAGGAUCAUGAGUCUAUCAUACUUGAGCAGACGGAGUUGUGCUUUCCAUAAUAGUGGUUUUAGGGUGAAGAGUUAGCGUGGUUUGUCUUUCUCGUCUCUCGGACGUGACGAAACUUUCGAAUGUGUGACAUCGAUCGACAUGUUGCCAUGAAUUUGUUGGCUACUCCAUACAUUUCUUUGUAACUCUGUUGGUAAACGUUGUUGUGGCAGUCGUUUUGUACUGCCAAGAUUAUCUAUGAAACUGCUUUCGGCAUAA